AUGGUCGUUCCAGUUUAUAUUGGUGAGAUAUCACCAACAUUCCAUCGGGGAAAAUUGGUGACAAUAAAUAUUCUAAUGGUAACUGGAGGUGAAUUUGCUUCCUACUUAAUCUCUAUAUUAUUUUCGAUACCUGAACAUGGUUGGCAAUGGUUAUUUGGGAUAACAGUAAUUCCUUCAUUGAUUCAAUUGAUUUUCAUGUAUUUUAUUCCUGAAAGUCCAAGAUUCCUCUUGCGUAGAGAAAUUGACGAAAUUUAUGAUACGAUCUCUCAAGAUGCUACAGGAUCGUAUAAACAAUUAAUUGGUUAUCCAAAUUUGAAACCGCUUAUAAUUGCAUGUAGUCUUCAGGCAUUUCAAAAUCUUUCGGGGUUUAGCGUGACUAUGUUUUACGGUGCAACUAUAAUGAAAAUGAUUGGGUUCAAUUCUUCUAAAAUUGCUAUAACUUCUUCUUUAAUUGUAACUGGAACCAAUUUUCUGACAACUGCUAUUGCAGUCCUCGUAAUUGACCGUGUAUUCAAAUCGGAAUCAUGCAUUGAUUAUGGUACCAAUUGUGAAGCAUGUUUAAUUGACGAUAGAUGUAGAUUUAUAAUAUCUGGAACUUCAGGAACAUGUGUACAAAAUAAUGGCACCUUAUUAGAAGAUCAACUUAAUACUUGUCAAUCAACUAAUGUAAAAGGAGCUUGGUUAACUUUAUUCGGAUUAUUCUUUUAUGUAAUAGCAUAUGCCUUAGGGCUUGGAAAUGUUCCAUGGACUGUUCAAGGAGAAUUAUUCCCCUUAAAUAUACGUGGUAGAGCUGCUGGAAUUUCUACAGCAACUAAUUGGCUUAUAAGUUUAACCAUUGCAGUUUCAUUUCUUCCAUUAGUAGAAGAAUUAUCUAUCGUCGAAACAUCUAAAAAAUCACUUGAAGAAAUUCGCAACUUAUUUUUAUAA